CUGUCAAACUUUUGUUUAUUUGGCUGAAAACAAAACAGAACACUCUCUCUCUCUCCAGAUGGCUCGUCCGUUCAUCCUCGCCACCGCUCUCACUCUUCUGCUUUCCUUCUCUCUCCUCUCAGGGCCGGUCGACUCCACGACGUUCAAGAUCGUCAACAACUGCCGCCGCACGAUAUGGCCGGGGAUCCUGACCGGCGCCGACAGGCCCAUACUCUACCCGACCGGGUUCACCCUCACCAGCGGCAAGUCCAAGACCAUAGCCGUCCCGAGAUCCUGGUCGGGCCGGCUGUGGGCCCGCACCCUCUGCUCCGUCGACUCGGCCGGGAAAUUCUCAUGCGCCACCGCCGACUGCGGCUCCGGGAAGGUACAAUGCGCCGGUGCCGGCGCCAUCCCGCCCGCGACCCUAGCCGAGUUCACGCUUAACGGCGACCAAGGGCUGGAUUUUUAUGACGUCAGUUUGGUCGACGGGUAUAACCUUCCGAUGCUUGUGGUGCCGAGGGGAGGUACAGGCGGGGGAUGCAGCCCCACAGGGUGUUUGGUGGAUUUGAACGACGCGUGUCCGAAGGCGCUGAAGGUGGCUUAUGGGAACUCAAGUGAGGGAGUUGCAUGUAAGAGCGCGUGUGAGGCGUUUGGGAAUCCGGAGUAUUGUUGUAGUGAAGGGUUUGCUACGCCGGACACGUGUCAGCCAUCAGCAUACUCGUUGUUUUUCAAGCACGCCUGCCCUAGGUCAUAUAGUUACGCUUAUGAUGAUAAGACGAGUACCUUCACUUGCACUGGGCCCGACUAUAUUAUCAUUUUUUGCCCGGCGCCUUACACCAGCGAAAAAUUGCUGGGAGCACGAAGAGAAGCUGCUGAGCUGCCCCUAGUGAACAAAACCACCAUGUAUGGUGGACGAGUAAGUGGAGGUCCACCCUCAGGUUUGACCCUGGUGCAAAUGAUCGCCUGUGCUGUCUCUAUUGUAGCAGCGAUUUCACAGAUUUGGCCACUCUUAUGACCAACAUUGCAGACGGUUUCCACACUUCAUGUGGGGUGUUGUUUUCUAAGCCCCGUUGUUGUACAGGCUCUUUAAUUUAUCUCCUUUCAACUCAGGUCGGAGAAGGGGUUCUACAUUUCGUUAGACCCAUGAAAGUGCCUUGUAGUCCUGUACAUAGGUUCUGGUCUGUUAUCUUAUUGUUCCAUGUCUUCAGAUGUCCUGUGUUGACUAACUUGACUCCCUUUGCAUGAUUCCCAAAUGAGAGAAAUUCAAAAUUAGGAGGAAUCUUACAUUUCAGAAGUAGAUAUUCGUAUUCAACAGAAUGGCGGCAACAAUGAUUCUUCCUCUAGCCAGGCACCACACAACUUGAAUAUGGAGACCACAUGUGUUUGUUGUUCUGAAGGCUGCUGAAUGAGUCGUGUGAUUAUUUUGAUGAUUUGACAGCCAUUUUCUUUAUACCAACUUCGACAUGUCUGGAACAUUUUUCUCUCCUUGUUUUUUUUGUUUAAUUUUUGUAAUAUUAUUUUCAGCUUGUACACAUUUUGUAAUAGCUCUAUGCAUCUUUGCCGCACUUAUCGUCAGUACAGCUAAGAUAAUAUUCAAGACGCUUGUAGCACAUGUAUAACAUAUGUUUGAGAAGUUUAUCGGAAUUACUUUGCUGGAUGAUUCCUUAUCAUUCCA